AUGAGCUCACGCUUAAACUUCAAAUCGUUCACCUUCGGGACGAAGCGCAACAAGAACCAUUCCACCUCGCAAUCGCAACCCGUGCCGACGAUACCAAGCCCGGGAAUCAGCACAGCGCCCUCGACCAGCACCCUCGUCGCUCCCCCUUCCUCCACCUCGGCCAGCUCCCCACCCUCCCGCCAGAGUUCCUCUACCACUAGUCUACCCAUGAACAAUCAAAAUACCUUGGGCCGUCCCCCAAGUUAUACCUACAACACGGGGGGCCGGCCCACCAGCCCGCUGCCGCCCGGCCCUCACCACCCGCCCGCCAUCAACACCAACCUGCAAUAUUCUCAAUCUCCCAUGGGAGCUCCCCCGGGCUACGGGCCGCAGCAGCCCAUGGCCCCAGGAAUGACUCCCGCCCUCCAUCAGCCCCAAUACUUGCGCAACCCCGCAGUCGAAGUCGAGGGCGCCGGCCGCAGCAAGGCCCAGCUAAUCGUGGGAAUCGACUUUGGCACCACCUUCUCCGGAGUCGCCUUUGCCUUUGCGACCAACAAUGAAGCUCGGGAAGACAUCAUCACAGAGUGGCCUGGGGCAGGAACUCACACCAAACAAAAGAUCCCCACGGUGCUGUACUACGACCAAUACCAGAAGGUGGUGGGCUGGGGCCCGGAUAUUGCGGACGCGCUGGCCCCUACUGGGUACCCCAAGCAAGGGGUCCAAAAGGUGGAAUGGUUCAAGCUCCAGCUCAUGCUCUCGGGCAAUACCUACAUCGACCCCAUCAACCUGCCGCCCUUGCCGCCGGGCAAAUCGGAGAUCGAUGUGGCCGCCGAUUACUUGUUCAAGUUACGACAGGCCAUGCGGGCCCAGCUGCAGAAGACCCUCGGCGAAGUCUUCACGCGAGAAGAACGGAACAUCCGAUACUACCUCACCGUCCCUGCCAUCUGGAAUGACGCAGGAAAGGCGGCGACUCGGGCGGCGGCCCUCCAAGCCGGGUUCUUGCGCGACGAGAAUGAUAAUCGCUUGACCCUGAUCUCUGAGCCCGAGGCAGCUGCGCUCUUCUGUGCCAAGACGGGGCUGUUGAACCUGAAAGUGGGCGACGCCAUUCUCAUUGUCGACUGCGGUGGUGGUACGGUGGAUUUAAUCGCGUACGAAGUGGAAGAAGAGUCACCAUUCAGUGUCGCGGAGUGUACCGGCGGCUCCGGUGAUUCCUGCGGUUCCACUGCUCUUAACCGCAAUUUCAGCAACAUCCUGAGGGCCAAGAUUCGGAAGAUGAAGCUGCCUGACGGCUCACGCACGGCCGGAAAGGUUUAUGCCAAGUGUAUCAUGGACUUUGAGAACCGUAUCAAGGCGGACUUCCGCAACAACGGCCAGAAAUGGGCGGUCGAUGUGGGAAUCGAGGCCGACUUCCCCGAUGCGGGCAUUGAGGAAGGAUACAUGACUUUCACGAAUGAGGAGAUCCUGCAGUGCUUUGAGCCGGUCGUCAACCGCAUUCUCGAGCUGGUGCGCAACCAGAUCAUUGCGAUCCAAGCGCAGAACCGGUCGCUCCAGAACGUGCUCGUGGUUGGUGGAUUCGGUGCGUCCGAGUAUCUCUUCCAGCAGAUCAAGCUGCACGUACCGCCACAAUACCAAACCAAGGUCGUCCGACCGAUGGACUCGGUCGCAGCGAUUGUAAAGGGUGCCGUGACGGCCGGAAUUACCGAGCGGGUGGUCACCCACCGUGUUGCCCGGCGGCACUAUUUGAUGGCCACGCUACAGCCCUUCAAGGAGGGAUAUCACCCUGAACAGUACCGAGUUCCCAGUCUUGACGGUCGCGAUCGCUGCAAGUACACGCGGCAGAUCUUCAUGCAGAAGGGAGAGCGAGUCAAGAUCGGCGAGCCGGUCAAGGUCAGCUUCUUCCGGCAGGUUGCGCCCGGCGCCACCCUCAUGUACGAGGAUAUCUUGUAUGCAUGCGACGAGGAUGUGUGUCCGGAGUACACGAAGGAUCCACGCAUCAAGGAAGUCGUCACGCUUACAUCGGACCUGUCCCGCAAGAACCUGGAAACCGACUUCGAGCGCAUGGACACGCCCCAGGGCACGUUUUACCGUGUUUACUUCGACAUCUACCUGACCCUCGAUGGCAGCGAGUUCAGCGCGGAACUGGUGUGCCAGGGCGAAGUGAUGGGGCGCUGCAGGGCCAAGUUCCGCUAG